AUUUUGAAGUUUAAGUUCCGGAAGCGACCUGCUCUCGGCGCGGCUCGGUCCUUCUCGAGCUAAGCUAACACGCAGGAUGCCGUCGGUGGAGUACGACGACUCUAAGCCCAGCUGGGCCGACCAAGUCGAGGAGGAAGUAGAUGAAACCACACUUCCCUCCCCAAAGGAGACGAUUAGAGGUAAUAUCAAAACUAUCACAGAGUAUAAAAUCGACGAGGAAGAUGGAAAGAAAUAUAAGAUUGUACGGACUUUUAAGAUUGAGACGAGGAAAGCAUCAAAAGCCGUUGCCAGGAGGAAGAACUGGAAAAAGUUUGGCAACUCUGAGUUUGAUGCUCCUGGCCCAAAUGUUGCCACCACCACAGUCAGUGAUGAUGUCUUCAUGACUUUCAUCUCCAGCAAAGAGGAUUUGAAUGCUCAAGACCAGGAUGAGGAUCCCAUGAACAAGCUAAAGGGACAGAAGAUUGUGUCCUGUCGUAUUUGUAAAGGCGACCACUGGACCACCCGCUGUCCAUACAAGGACACCCUGGGCCCCAUGCAGAAAGAGCUGGCUGAGCAGCUUGGACUGUCUACCGGAGACAAGGAAAAGCCCGCUGGCGCCGCGGAACCAGAGCCUGCUCAGCCCGCCCAAAGCAAGACGGGGAAGUACGUUCCUCCAAGUCUGAGGGAUGGAGGCCGGGGAAGAGGAGAGUCCAUGCAGCCCAACCGCAGAGCUGAUGACAAUGCAACCAUUCGUGUGACCAACCUGUCGGAGGACACCCGUGAGACGGACCUGCAGGAACUCUUCAGACCGUUUGGCUCCAUCUCAAGGAUUUAUCUGGCCAAGGAUAAGAAUACAGGGCAGUCCAAGGGGUUUGCCUUCAUCAGUUUCCAUCGUCGGGAGGAUGCCGCCAGAGCCAUCGCGGGGGUCUCAGGAUUUGGAUAUGACCAUCUUAUUCUUAAUGUUGAAUGGGCCAAGCCUUCAAACAACUGAGUUCAAACGGAUUUCUAGAAAGAUGCCAGAUUCUAUUGUGGUAAAAUGUGGCUAUUGCUUCAAUAAAGAGAAUGAAUUCAGAAA